ACCUCAAAUCCAAGGUCUCUCCUCCCCACUCUUCGUUCCGGCAGCUCUUUGGUUCACGACUCCCUCCUCGCUUUCUGACAAUCAGCUUUGCUGCAAAAAUGGCCACAGUUGGUAAGGUCAUCAAGUGCAAGGCAGCAGUGGCCUGGGAGCCCAACAAGCCUUUGGUGAUGGAGGAGAUUGAGGUAGCCCCGCCCCAGGCCAACGAGGUCCGCAUCAAGAUUGUGGCAACCGGCGUGUGCCACACGGACCUGUAUCAUCUGUUCGAGGGUAUGCACAAAGACGGCUUCCCAGCAGUCCUCGGCCACGAGGGAGCCGGCAUCGUAGAGAGCGUCGGGCCUGGAGUCACUGAGUUCCACAUAGGUGACCAUGUCAUCCCUCUGUUCAUCUCCCAGUGUGGAGAAUGUCGCUUCUGUAAGAGUCCCAAAACCAACGAGUGUGACAAAGGAUGGGCUGCUUCUGCUGCUGAUGUGAUGUCAGACCCAGACUCCAGGUUCACCUGUAAGGGGAAGAAGGUGCUGCAGUUUAUGGGAACCAGUACCUUCUCUGAGUACACUGUGGUUAACCAGAUUGCCGUGGCUAAGAUCGACAAGGCUGCACCUCUGGACAAAGUCUGUCUUCUUGGGUGUGGGGUCUGCACAGGAUAUGGAGCAGCAGUUAAUACUGCUAAGGUGGAACCGGGCUCCACAUGUGCUGUGUUCGGCCUGGGAGCUGUGGGUUUGGCUGCAGUCAUGGGCUGCAAAGCUGCAGGAGCCAAGAGGAUUAUCGCUGUUGACAUCAAUCCAGAGAAGUUUGAGAAGGCCAAGGUGUUCGGCGCGACCGAAUUCGUGAACCCCAAGGAUCACAGUAAACCCAUCAACCAAGUGCUGUCUGACAUGACCGGCGGAGGAGUGGACUUCUCCCUGGAAUGUGUCGGGAAUGUGGGAGUCAUGCGCAGUGCCUUGGAGUCUUGCAUGAAAGGUUGGGGUGUCAGCGUGCUGGUUGGUUGGACAGACAUGCACGACGUUGCCACCCGACCCAUUCAGCUCAUCGGUGGACGUACUUGGAAGGGUUCCCUGUUUGGAGGAUUUAAGAGUAAGGAUGGCGUGCCUCGGAUGGUUAGAGCCUACCAGGACAAGAAGGUGAAACUGGACGAGUUCAUCACUCACAACAUGACUUUGGCCCAGGUCAACGAUGCCAUUGAACUGAUGAAGCGUGGCGAAUGCAUCCGGACGGUCCUGAGUGUUUCUCCACAAUAAGACUGCGAUGACACAAGAAUCAGUUAAUGGCCGGCAGCUAUGUUAUACCCAAUCUCAAUACAGUAUUCAUACACACAAUACAAUGCACAUAAUAAAGAAAUCUAUCAAACUAUACACACUAUAUGUGCUUGACCUUGAAGACUCAACACUAGUCAGUGGAUUACAUGCAGAUUGUGAGAAUCAUGUGCGGUGUUCACAUAAGCAGAUGGGAUAUUUCCCCUGCCCAGGGAGACUACAGAUGAAAAUUAGCUAGUACAUCUGCUACAAAGCAUCUUUUCUCUUUUUUGAGAUUAAUGUUUUUUUGUACGUGGUCCCUGAUACAUUUAAUAAACUAAACUACACUAAA